CGCUCGCGCUCUGUAAUCCUCUCCCGUGAGUGACGUCGCGAGCAAUGGCGGAGCGCGAGGGAGCCGCGGAGUGUCGGAGCCCCAGCCAGGACUCUGACUCCCAUCUCCGAGGCGAUGAGAAGAAACCUUUAAGUCGGCCAGACUCGACCGCCUCUGGACGCAUGUAUGUUAUAUCCAGCUCUGUGGACUUGCAGAGUACAGGGAGACCAGAGCCUCUGGUGCUCAAACUUGAUGAGAGACAAAGGCUGGCUCGAGAGAGGAGGGAGGAGAGAGAGAAGCAGAAUGCUGUGCGAGAGGCUCAGUUAUUGGAGCGUGAGGAGCGAGCGAGGCUGUACUACGAGAAACAUCUAGAGGACAGAAAGAGGCGUCUGGAGGAGCAAAGGCUAAAGGAGGAGAAGAGGCGUGCAGCCGUGGAGGAGAAACGACGACAGAAACUAGAGGAGGAGAAGGCUCGAUGUGAGGCUGUGGUGAGAAGGACUCUGGAAAAGAGUCAGCGAGCCAGACCAAAGCAGAACCGCUGGAGCUGGGGAGGAAACCUAUCCUCCAACACCUCGCACAACAGUGAUGCUGACAGAAGGUCAGUUUCCACCAUGAAUCUAUCCAAGCACACAGACCCAGUCAUAAACAAACGUCUGUCUUCAUCUUCUGCCACACUGUUAAACUCAUCAGACCGAGGCUUACAGAAGCAGACGUCCCUCUCCUCCUCUUGCUUAGUAAAUAAAGUUUCAUCGAAAGCUCGAGCAUCCAGAGAGAAGAUCCUUCAGGACAAACCUGCAGGUCUGCGUCGUAUGCCUCUAACCCAAUGGGAGAACAAUGUAGUCAGCCGCUUACAGACACCAACACACUCGUACCUGGCUAGAAGUCGAAGUGCUGUAUCUCUGUCUGGAGAUGCAGUGACCCGCGUUUGUCCUCGCUCAGCCUCCUGUCACCAAACGAGCUCACUGUCCUUCAAGGCUCUGCAGUCACGCAGUGCCGAGCGCCCAAUCAGAGCCGGGCUCAGCCUGGAGCGAGCCGUCAGACCUGGCCUGGACAGCAACCUAUGCAAGAAGGCAUCCCAGAACAUGCUGGUUGAUAGGAAGGAUAAGGAUUAUGUACGCAAGUCCUGGAGUAAUCUAUCCUGUCCUGUGCCACCUCUGAACCUCACCAUCACCAAGAGAGCACCCUCUCCUGGCAGCCAGCGCAUUAAAGUCAGCCAGCCGUCAUCUGCCAGGAGUUCCACAAAAAAACCUCCGAAGUCUCCUGUGUCCAAAAAAUCCAGGUCUCCUGUUCCUCCUCCUCCAUCUUCCAUGCCCUUAUCUCCUAGCAACCCUUCCCUGUUACCUGGUAACCUACGACCGAGCCGGGUGACAACAGAGCGUCUGAGAGAUGAGGAGAACCUAACGGAGGAAGAGAAGGCCAAAAGAGAAGAGGCAGAGGGCAGCAGAGAAGAGGAUGAGGAGGCAGGGCAAGAGAAGAGGGAGCAAAGUGAAAGUCCUGCUAAAGCAGCAGCUGAAAUCUCCACACGUGUAGAGAGGGUGGUGAGUCCACCAGCGGUCAGACCCAGCGCUGGAACCACAGACCCAGAGGAGGCAUCACGGCUGCUGGCUGAGAAACGACGGCAGGCCAGAGAGCAGAGGGAGAGAGAGGAAGAGGAGAAGAGGCAGCAGGAGGAGGCAGAGAGGCGCCACAGAGAGGAGAUGGCACGGAGGAUGGCUGAGGAGAGAGUGAAAAGAGAAGAGGAGGCCCAGCGUCUGGCUGAAGAGAAGAAACGCAAGGAGGAAGAAGAGAGACGCUUGGAAGAGGAGAGACUGCAAAGAGAGCAAGAAGAAGAAGCAGAGCGCCUGCAGAGACAGAAAGAGGGAGAGGAGGUUCGUCAGCGUGAAGAGGCAGAGCGUUUGCGUCAGGAGAGAGAGAAACACUUCCAGAAAGAGGAGGCUGAGAGACUUGAGAGGAAAAAGCGUCUCGAGGAGAUCAUGAAACGCACACGCCGUUCAGAUCAGAAAAGCUCUGGUCAGAGUCCAAGGAACGGGGACGAGAGUCAGCAGAACUCUCAGGACACAGUGAAUGUCGUCCCUGGUAUCCCCUCAAUCACUGUAUCUGCUCCACAAAUCCCUCACACCAUACAGCACAGUGACCGCAACGGGCACACAAACCCUGACCUCAUUUUGCACACACUGCCCCCUGUUGGACACGAAGUGGACAACGAAGCCCAGCUUCAAGAGAACGGUGUCGUCAUGGAGACCCCAACCUUUGAGGAAGUGAUCGAGGUGCCCAUGGUGACAAAGCUGUCCCGUCAAGAGGGAGAUGGAGAGGAAGAGGACGAGAGGAAGACUCCGCUGCUGGCUUUCACAGAGAACGGUAGUACACAUGACCUGAGCACAUGGGACCAAAGCCAAGUCCAGGGCCAUGCAGGUGAUGUCUGAAUCCCUCAAAGAGAAUGCUGGGAAACAAACUUCACCUGAUACUUGCUUGGUUUCUUCUCCCUUUACAUUUCUCCACAUACUGUAGACGCCUGGUUAUGUGAGGAGAAAGUAACUACUGUAUAACACACUCUUCUCAAGUUGUGGACAGCUGUCUGCAGUCGUCCAUGCGUUUCCUGUAAUGCAGCUCCUAUCUUCUGAUCCCC